UGCGCAAUCUCUAUGGUGUAAUCCAUAUCGCUAUUAGUGAUAUAGAAGGGUCCUGCCUAGAAGCGCUCACAGUAGGUGCAGUUUGCUUUCCGCGUAUACGUGCGUACAUUUGCAACUUGCGAAGAAAUCCCGUUUGGUUGGGAUAUUUGGGAUUGUUCUCAGUUUUCCUGCACGAUUCUUCUUGAAAAAAAAAUUAAAAAAUGGACACUGAAAAGCUAAUUGAUUUAUUACGAGAGCGGAAAUAUUUAUACGUUCAGCGGGAACCAAAUUAUCACUACCGCAAUUUACAAAUGUCCUUGUGGACUGAAGUUUCCGCUGACUUGUCUUUAUUAAAACGUUAUAUACUCACUGUGCGAAUUCAACGCAUAAACACGCAAGAUCACAAAUUCGGACCGUUCCGCGGAUUUGUAAUAUUCGUGUGUAUCCGCAUCCACUGUGAGAGAAGCUUAAUAUUUCGUUUUAACUAAUGACUUUGCGGUAUUUAACAAUCAACAUGGCCGCUGACAGAUCGUCAAUAUGUUUGGAUGCGGAAGUUUAGCUUUUCUCAAAAUAUAUCCAGAUCUCAAUUAAGUUUCUGGCAAAAAGAAGUUAAGUGCAGGUUAGUGGAUGAAAUGUAAAAAUUAUUUACUAUCUCUACAAAAAUAUAGCCACCUGAAGCGCAUCAUUUAUUUCCGUAGUACGGACACCAUAUCGCUCCUCCGGCAAAACAGUGACCGAACUUCUUAUAACUUAGCAUACAUAAUUCUGACUUUGAAAACAUAUUGUAUGGUAAUAGAGUUUCGUCAUAUAUUUAACCAUUUAAGGAUUAAUGAUGGACUUAACUCACCUUCCAAAAAUUUUGCACUUACGUCACUAUUCUGCCGGAGCAGCGAUAUUAUCUCAUAGCUAUAUGGUUUAAUAUAAAUUUGCAUCGGGAACUUUGGAAACUAACCAAAUAAGAAUGUAUGUGUGUUUAUUUAAUCCGUGUAUCUGCUACUCGUUUGUGACUACAUAAAGGAGAUUAAACCAAAACAACCACGGUGGAUUAUCAUUGUCAAUUAUUAAUAGAAAUUUUUAUCGGGAUAUUAAAGUAAUGUAAUCGAUACAAGAAAUUUUAUUUCAUAGCUUAAGACGUAUGUGAUCCUGGAUUUAAAUAAUUAUCUACGGCGUUUUGCAAGUGAAGCUAAAUGUCUUCAGUUAUUUCGUCUACACCAAAUUUGAAAGAUAAACCGGAAGUUCUUGAUAAACUUGUAAAACAGCUUUUGGGAUGUGUACAGGAAUGCCAGAAAAAGUAUGGUGGUAAACAGCAAUUAGCAACCGAGUUUGAUUCGUGUGUUGCUGGCUUAUGUGUUUCUUUAGAGGCAAUUUUUCUACAUGGCCUAAAAAUGAAAUCUUGGUCAAACCAACACGAAAAUUUAUCUCUGAAUGAAACUUUAAAGCAGGUCACAGAUAUUGUUGCACAAAGUUUACGCAUUGGACAGGAACAACCAACUUUAUGGGCGUUUCUAAAACAGCACUUAACAAAUCAUGAGGUGGAACGGUAUAACUCAUUAAAACAUAUUUGGACAGAUAUGGGAAGGUGCAGAGCUUGGUUGAGAUCUACUUUAAAUGAAAAGUCUUUAGAAAGAUAUCUUCACAAACUAUUGAAUGACAAAAAUACAUUAUGUGAAUAUUAUGAUUCUUGUGCAAUAUUAAGAGAUGAAGAAAAGAGUGGCUUAUUGCCAAAUAUGGCGGCUGGUUUAGGUUCCAUAUUAUUUGCAAUUUACAUUGACAAACCAGAGUUAAACAGCUUUCUAAUGUCCAGGCCAGUUUUGGCUGUUGAACAAAAGGAGCCUAUAGUUGAAGCACCAGUUCUAGAUGGCCAAACUAAGAGAAGAGAACAGAAACACAAAGUCGCUCGGCAAUUCAUUUCUUUUGAUGAUGAUUGCGUAACAGUGCCCGCCAGCGUAUCUUUUGCAUCCAGUGAUGCAAAUUCAGAGAGUCUUUCUGCAGAUAAUUUACAUGUAGAUGAACCAACAGAUGAGGCUUCUACAGAUGAUAAUAAAAACUGUGGAAAUGAAAAUAGACAACAAAAUGCAACAUCCAAAUUGGAAAAAAUUCCAAGAAAAUUGUCUUUUGAAACAAGUGGUUAUAGAGAGAAUUUUUCUACUGCCACACCUGACAUUUUAACCCCAUUUAGUCAGUUUGAAGUUGGGGAACUACGGCCUAUAUCCACAGAAUGUAAUAUAUCUAAUUUUCAAGAUAGUGGAGAUGAUAUUGUUGAAAUUCCUACUGAUAUUUCAGCGGUUUUGGAUGUGGUGGAAAAUAGGCACCAAGAGGAAUUAUUAAAAAAUAAAGAAAAGAUAGAUGUUCUUAUAAAAGAAAAUAAUGCAUUGAAGGAACAAAUUAAAACAUAUGCUAUAUCACUUGAGAUGCUCAGGAAGGACAAAGAAGAAGCAAAAGAGCAACAAGAGUGUCUACAUGGAGAUAGCACUCGAAAUUAUAAGAUUGAAGCUGAGACAUAUGAAAAAAAACUUGUACAGGUUGCUCAAAUGCACGCUGAGCUUAUGGACUUCAAUGUGAUACUACAGCAGCAAAUCCAAAGAAAGGAUAUUUUACUCAACCGUUUAAAAGCAAAUUUAGAAGAACUAAGAGGUCCUGUGUCUGCAGAUAUCUUUCUGCCGGAUGAUUGUCAAGGCAAUGUGAAUGUGUGGAUUCCAUCAGCAUUUUUGACUGGAGCUAGCUCAAAUUCUUAUUAUGUUUACCAAAUAUUCAUUAGAGCAGGUGUUGAUGAAUGGAAUAUAUACCGUAGAUACGCGCAGUUUCAUGCUCUACAUACCGAUUUAAAGAAAUUGGAUCCAGCAAUAGGGACUUUUGAUUUCCCUCCUAAGAAAACCAUUAGAAGAAAGGAUUCAGUUAUAGUAGAGGAUAGAAGAAAGCGCCUACAAAUUUAUCUAAGAAGAGUUAUUGCCCAUUGGCCAGAGCUAAGACAUUGUAACAGCAGAUUAUUGCUAGGGCAACAUUUAGCUUUUUUCAAGUAGAUUCGGAAUAAUAAAUUCAAAGUACAUAAGUUUGAUGUAAUUAUGUAAAAAUAUUUAAUUUCAAAUUUAAAACUAAAUUGAACUGUUAAACAUAAUCUCUGUGGGGGUUACAAAGGCCUGUGAAGAUGAAGUUGCAAUAAAAACAUGAAAAGU